GUUUUUGUUAGCAGCGCUGCAAGGUUAGACCGUUAGUGCUGUUGUGAUGGAGGAAGAAUGAAAGUUUGCUCACGCUGCUCUUGUUUUGGUUUGCAUCGUGUUUCACUUUGGCUAGCCGAUUAGCUUACUGAAGCCCAGCCAUGUCUGCCAUGUGGCGGCGGCUGCAGGUGAAGGUGGGGCCGGCUCGUGGAUUACUCACCUCCACACAGGUUACACGUCGAUCCACAUGGCUGAACGGACAUCUGUCUCUGUGUCAAAGCUUUAGCACAGGCACAUCUCUACGAAAUGACUUCUUCAAAGAUCUGGAGACCCAUAUGGAAGCUAUGCGGAAGAAGGCGAUGGACGCGCUUCCUGGGAGCAGCUGGACUCCUCUGGAAAUCAACCCCAACCUUCCUCCAGAGAGGGCGGAUAUCGUGAUCGUGGGAGGUGGGGUGGUGGGCUGGUCCAUCGCCUACUGGCUGAAACAGAAGGAGAUGGUGCGCGGAGGGGUGCGGGUCCUGGUUGUGGAAAAGGACCCAACGUACUCCCAGGCCUCCACAGUGCUAUCUGCUGGGGGGAUCCGACAGCAGUUCUCCCUGCCGGAGAACAUCCACCUCUCCCUGGCCUCUGCCGACUUCAUGAGGAACAUCAAUGAGCAUCUCGGCGUGUUGAACGAAGACCCCAUAGACCUGCAGUUUAACCACUCGGGAUACCUCUUCCUGGCCAGUGAGGCGGUGGCUCACAUCAUGGAGGAGAACUACAGCACCCAAAGGUACGCUGGAGCCAAAGUGUCUCUUCUGUCUCCGACACAACUGAAGGAGAAGUUUCCGUGGGUAAACACAGAGGGUGUGGUUCUUGCUUCAUACGGGCUGGAGAAUGAGGGCUGGUUUGACCCAUGGACUCUGCUGAACGCCUUUAAGAGGAAGGCCAUCUCCAUGGGAGCCAUUCAGUGCUGUGGGGAAGUCACAGAAUUUAAAUAUACGACAAGCGUGAUAAUGACGACUGAUGGAGAAAAGCUGGAUCUGAGGAGAAUAAAGUCAGUCAAAGUGCAGAUGCCAAACAGCCUGGAGUACCAGCCAGUGGAGUGCGCUAUUGUGGUGAAUGCAGCAGGAGCCUUUUCUGGUAAACUGACCGAGAUGCUGGGAAUUGGCUUUGGCCCCAAGCAGUCCAUCGCUGGAAUCCCACUGCCUGUUGAGCCACGGAAAAGGUAUGUGUAUGUGGUCCGCUGUCCUGAUGGUCCCGGUCUAGACACUCCUUUCUUAAUCGAUUACUCAGGAGUUUACGUCAGGAGAGAGGGGUUAGGUGGGAACUACAUCACCGGGGCCUCGCCAGAGGAGGCGGCAGAGCCAGACGCCAGUAAUCUAGAGGUGGACCACAGUUUCUUUGAGGAGAAUGUCUGGCCUCAUUUGGCCUUUCGAGUUCCUGCUUUCGAGAAACUUAAGGUGACCAGUGCCUGGGCAGGUUUCUAUGACUACAACACCUUUGACCAGAACGCCAUCAUCGGUACGCACCCCUUGAUCAACAACAUGUACUUCGCCACGGGCUUCAGCGGCCAUGGCCUGCAGCACUCGCCUGCAGUGGGUCGCGCUGUGGCGGAGCUGAUUCUGGACGGAAACUAUAAAACACUGGACCUGAGCGGCUUCAGUUUCAACCGGAUUCUGACGCAGGAACCAAAGCUGGAGAGGAACAUCGUGUAGCUGAGCCGAACCCUGAUAUCAUAUCUUUUACAUCCUGCCAAAGCCAAAUUAUUAUAACCUAAGUCUUAUUUUUGUAGCUGCAAACAUAACUUUAAUGACACAAAUUGAUUUAUAAGAUCUGGGUGGUAUAAUUUCUACAAUCCAGAUAAGCAAAAGCAAAACCUCAGUGAUUUAAGAAAAGGCCCGAAUACGGCACAUUUCCAACCUUCAGGAGCUGCGGGAAUAAUGUCUCCUGACCAUUUGGGACUGCAAAGAGGUCAGAGUGGACAGAUGUCUCAGGUUAUUAUUAGACAUCCUGCCAGGUAGUGACAAAAUAAUGAAAGGACCUUUUAAAAGAUUCGUCUUUAAAGAUUUUAACACAGUUCUCACAACAGCAGGUUCAGAGAACAUUUAUUUGGUUCUUUAAAUAAGAUUUUUCAUAGUGUGAUCUCUCUGAUGUGUCACUGAAAGACAUAAAUGAGUCUCGUAUCUUAAAGGUAUUUAUAUGUUGCUUUUUCUGAUGUGUAGCUGACGUGUGAUUUAGUUAUUAAAAUUAAAUUAUUUGACUG